ACAACCUUUCUGUGUUUUCCGUGCCACGUUCCGCACAAACUUUCAACGAUGAAAUGUGAAUGAAAACUUUGUUUGUGUACCUGAAUUUUCAGCGAAAACUAUGUAUAGUAGAGCUCCCGGUUAAAACGCUAGCCUCGGGACUCUACUAUAUGUAUCUUCUACAUAUAAAAUGACAAGUAUAAAAAAACUUUCGGGAUUCCGACAACUAUCUUUAAAUUGUGAUAGUCCACCAAACCCACCAAGAAGGCCUCCGCUAAAGAAACAGUUUUCUGAAGAUAUAAAUGACUUCAAAGCGUGGUCAGAGCAUGACAUCGGCAUUAAAAUAUCUCUAAACAAUAGAAGCCUUAGAAAUCCUUUCAUUAAAAACGCUUGGGUAGAAAGUACACAAGAAACGGUAAACGACGAACCAGUAAUAAUAAAGAAAUGUAGCGAGAAUAGAAGAGUACCACUAAAUAGCUUAACUAGGCAGAUUUCUGUAGAUAAAGAAGCUUUACUACACUCGAGACAAGAGUUAGCUGAAAGAUUAAGAAAAACUGCCAAACCACAAGAAGAAAAGCCUAACAUUAAAAUUUUUCUAGCACAAAAUUCUAAAGAACAAAUUGAUGAAUACGAGGUUGAAAAAGAAGAUAAAAUCAAUGAACAGCCAAAAUUUAUUCAACCACUGAUAACUGUAAAUAGUGAUAAACAUUCGUUUAAGUUACGAAAAAAUGCCAAACAAAGAACUAUUUUAUUUAAUACAUCAGACAGCUCAUGGCCAGUGCCAAAAAACAAAAGUAAUCAAAAUAGUCCCGUUAUUGUUGUGCCACCUACAGAAAACGGCGUACUACAGAAACCGGAAACCUUUCUAUCAACAAAUAAUCCAAAUGACGUUAAAGCCAUAGAUUCCGUAAUUAUUCGGCCAGCCACAGCAGCGUCGAAGCGAGAGAUGUUCCAGAAACGCACAAAUUCUGCCUUUAACUCAACUGUAGUAGCUGUUAAAGAAACUCAAAAGCUCAGAAGUCCCUUAAUCAGAUCCUCGUCAGCUCCCUGCAAACCCGAGCAUUUAAAGUCAAAAUUAAUUUUAACAAAACACUCCAAGCACUCCAAGACUCUUAAGAAAGUUCAGAUGAAGCCUUCCGUCAAAAAUGAGAAGAUCGAAAAACUAAAUGAAGAGAAUCCGAAGAGCCAAAAGGAACUUAACAGAACGACACCGGUGCAAGGAAAUGACGUGGUAACGAUGGUUUCCUUGAUUAGUCCAACAGGAAGUGAUGGAGAAGAGGAAGAAGUCGAGGAGAGCAAAGACAAAAAUAAAACGGCAACUAAUGAGAAGAGUGCCGUUGAACAGAAGCAGCCGCCUAAGAUAAUGUCGUUACGAAAAGCAGCAAAGACAGUAUCGUUCCAACAGUCCAGUAUACAUGCCAUCAGGAGUUUUUCUGCAAGUUUUCCUGCAAGAAGAGUGUCAGUUACGGCUGCAAUGAUGUUGAAUAACAGUUUAAAUUCGCCCGCCAAAGUACAAGAAAAGCGAAGUACCAAUUCUAGUACGCCUGACGAUGAUGAAAGAGUGCCAAAACGACGCCUUGUUAGGAGCAACACGGAAGAUGCAAAAUCUACCAGUUUCGAACAAGAAAAUAUAGAUGAACCAGAAAAUGAUAGUCAGAAAGAAUCUACUACUGUUUCAAAUUUUACUGUCGAUAUUAAAUCUAAUGACAUCGAAAAUCAGCAGGUUGAAAAUAAGCAAAAUGUACAGGGUACAGAACAACUAAUCUCUGAACCAAUACAAAAGGAAACAGAAAGUAGCAAAGAAACAGAAAUGGAAACAAAGGAGAACCCCGAUCUUAAAUCGCCAAAGGAAAAACAAUGUUGGAAUAUGUACUGCAAGAUGGCAGAAAAAGGCAUUAACAUUUCUUUCGACACGAUACUAAGGGGAAUGUUAACCCCAACAGAGUACAGAUUGAGCAAAAAACAUUUGUUAGCUGCAACAAGUACUGAGCCUUCGGAAAAUGUUAAAUAAUAUUUUUGUAAAGAAAAGGCAGCUGAAAUAUUUAACGUAGAGAUCACUCUUAAUAAAAAUAAAUUUUA